AUGGUUAUGGAGCCAGCAGAUAAUCACUCGUCAUUUGUAGAGCCGUCGAGAAUACGUGUGCUCGUAGUCCCUGUCGGUAAAUGGCGAAGAAAGGAGUUUGUGGAUGCCGUAAACCGUUUGAAACAGUACAGUGAAAUCAGGCUGCUGGACAUCACACCAAUUGACAGUUCACUGUUCACUCCACAGGGGUUUCCGCAAGGAAGGCUAUUCUUCAAGUUCCUCACAGUCGGAAUCAAUGAUUCUAUGGAUCUGUUUUUGUAUGAUUUUGAGCCUUUCAGGAAAACUUUUGUAGUCAUUGGACUAGUGAAUGAUGACAGCGAUGCACAACAUAAUAUCAAGAUCCUGAAAGAAAAAUACGCUACUGUUAUUUCACAUAAUAUGAUAUACACAACGAAGACUAAAGGUUCAGGAUGCUCUAACGUGUUUUAUAGUCCUGGUAUGAUCGAAGGUCUGGAAACAAUCGCGUGCGAUAUCGGCAAAAAUUUCCUUUUAGCUUUGAAUCAUUAUUACUCUUCAUACAAGCAUAUGACUCUGCGAUCACCAGGCGCUAUUGGUGGCAAUUCUGUGCUGAAAACGAGUUUGACCGUCAGAGCUUCGGCAAGUACAAUAUCCUUUUCUGCUGGAAAUGUGGCAUCUAAGAGGUUAUCGUCCAUGGAAGUCACAACUAAUAAUAUCAAAAGGUCAGCAUCGCUAAAAAUUUCGAAGACAUUGACUCCGUCGGAAAAUAGAAAUCAACAACGAUCUCAAGGAAGGCAGCUCAAGAUUCUAGGUAACUUCCAGCUAUUGUCAGGUAGAUAUAAAGAUGCUUUACAGAGUUUUACAGAAGCUGUAGCUUCGUUGCAUAAAAUCAAAGACUAUCUUUGGCUUGGAUCCGCGCUCGACGGUGUGGCAAUUUGUUUUCUAAUGCUUUCUUAUUUGAACAUGCCCUUCCAAAUACCGCAAAUUGUAAAUGUCCUGUGUCCGACUCAGACGAUAAAUGGUACGACAGAUAUGAGCUCUCCUAGAAACAGUGUUAAUUUUACUCCCCUCGGAUCUCCAAGAGCUUCCUCUAGUUCAGCUGUGUCAAUGGCUGUGGUGGACGCUCAAAAUGUCAACUUGCCUCUGUUAGUGAAAGCAAUAUCUGAGAAAGUUUUGUACUAUUAUGAAAUGACUUUAUCAGAUAUCACUGAUUAUGCUCCUCAGGUUGUUUAUUCAGAGCUACUAUUGAAGACACUAACUUUCAUGGUUUCAUUCUCCAAUAAUACCGAAUUAUCACCGGAUGUACUGAAAUCAAUCACAGAAGGAAAGUUGCCCUUGCAUGACAAAGAAAGGCACGCUUCAAUUGAACCAUUUUUUUCGAAGCCAGAGAUAUACUAUUUUGCGAACAAGAUUUUCGAGUUGCAGCUGAAGGAAAUGAGUAUUGAGUCCCAAACAAGAAUAUAUAUUGUGUUGGCAGAGAUAUAUGGCUCACUUGGAUUUAUGCGAAAGAAAUCUUUUGUCCUCAGACUGUUAAUGGUUGCCUUGAUGUCAAACUCUUCUCAAAUGUGCUGGAAUCUAGACUAUAAAAGUCUUUUUAGUGAGAUAUUAAUACUGUAUGGUGUCGAUCCUUAUUGCUCUUCAAAUGUAUUGCCUUUCUCAAACUCAACGAAACCGACUUGGUUGAUUUUGCAAAAAAGAUGUCUUCAGCUGUGCCUGACUGUAGCAAAUAAAGUCGGCGAUAAUGAGUCCGCAGCACGGUUUGCUGUUCUGUUGAUCAAGAAAUACACACAUCUUUUGAAUCGCUCAGAACAGCAAAGCCUCUUUGAAGAUUUCUUAAAGCCUUUGGUAGAAGGCGGUCAUAUAAAAGAGUAUAUGGAUCCAUUCAUGCUCAGAGAAAUCAAACUAAUUAGAUUAGAAAAUGGGACUUAUUCUGCCGAAAAUGAUGGGAUUCCAGUCGAAUCAAAGCUGACGCAGUCUGACAAAUCAAAUGCUCCAGCUUCGCAAAUUGAUACACACGAAGUCUUCAAUCCUUUCAAGGAAGUUAAGCCUACUAAAGACUCUGAUCAGGCGACCCCGAAUGAGAUGAGAAAUAUUUUCUUGGAGAAAGAUAAAGGAGUCAUUACAUGUGUGGUACAGAAUCCUUUCAAGUUUGAAAUAAGUAUCGAUGAGGUACAAUUCAACUCCAGUACACUCAAAUUUUGCGCCCUAGGGAAGAAUAAUAUCAGUGCGAAGACGCCGUUUAUAGUAUCACCUGAAUCCAUAAGAAUGAUCAACCUGCCUAUGGAAAUUAGAUCUUCUACAAACCACAAGUGGCACACAUUGAGCUCAUUGAAAUUUUCUGUCAUAGGUUUGCCUUUGCAAGAAUUUAAGAUAGUUCCCUCUGAAAAUAAAUCGCAAAACUUGCAACAGGAUCAUAAACGGUACAAUACGGAAAAGAUUGAGAUGAAAAUUUUACCUGAUCAACCUGAAUUACAAUUCAUUCAAACAAAAAAUAUGCCUGAUAACUCUUUCAUGAUAAUGCAUGGAACUAAGAAGAGGUUAUUCAUAACUUUCAGAAACAAAUCAUUAUCUUGCAGCAUUGAUUAUUUGCAUUUUUCACAUACAACCAAUGUAGAAAAAUCAAUGAAGCCAAAUUACUGGAAAAAAUUACCCUUAGAUGACAUUUACGCCAUGGAUAAACAGCUGGAGUGGCUAAAAAACUCAUCUGUAAAAAUAAUCAAUGCGCCGUCCAAAAUUAUUCCUAAUGAGACUGUCACUGUUGAGCUUGAAGUCGAUGCUGUUUCGGUUCCUUUUCAAUAUAACGGAUUUGAUCUUUGGAUAGAUUAUGGGAUGAUUUCCGGUGACAAGCAAUGUAUAUACCUUAAAAAACUUCUUUUACCUUUCAAAGUGACGUUGAAAAGAAGUAUUGAAAUCCCAAAUGUUGAGCUAGUACCCUUAAAUGAGCUACCCGCACCAAGUGUGAAGUCCGUUGAUUGGAUAAAUUACAUUAUGGAGCAGAGACGAAUGGAUAAGGCGUUUAAAGUUCAAGAUUUCAUUUUAUUACUCGUUGAUGUUCGAAAUUCAUGGCUUCAAGGCAUAAUUGCAGAAAUGGAGUACGGCGAUUUCAAAGGCAAAUCGCACCUGAUAGAAGGUUCUCAUACCACCCGGGUCAUAAUACCUAUUAAAAAAUUGCAUCCAAAUGAAACUCAAUUCAAGAAUAAGCCCAUUCCCAGAUUAUUCCAAGGAAGACAAUAUUUGAGCAGCGGUCUCAACGUAGAACAAGAAAAUGAGAUGAGGGAAAAGUUCUGGUCUAGGGAGCAUGUACUGUCCCACCUCAUCUGUAACUGGAAAUUAUCUGCCGAUACCUGUAUCAACGGAACAGUGGAUUUUUCUCAGUUUUUAGAUAAGUUUGAUUCCAGAAUGGUCGCGGUCCUAUAUCACCCUACAUCUUUCUGUCGUAUAUCAGUAGUUAUCGACAAGAAUAAAGUGGCUGUAGGGGAACAGAUCGAGGCCAAGAUUAGUGUCACUCCAACAACCGCAGCAACUCUAGAUCCACAUUCUAGGACAAAAACAAAGGCAAAAAAGAACAAUGUUAUGAAGAAAGCAAAUUCAAACGACUUGACAAUGAACAUCAUCAUAUUCGAUAGAUCUGCGUCUAAAGUCUUGUCAAAGUCGAACAGAAGAAUACUUUACAAUGGAACUCUAACGCAACACAUUUCGGCUUCAGAGCAUACUCAAGCCAACAUUGAGCUUCUUCCCAUCGAAAAAGGUAAUUAUGAGAUAACCGCAUGUAUUUCGGAACCGAGAGAUGAUGAACUCACAAUUGUCCAGUCGCAAUUCGAGCCAGUUCCAUUCAUUGUUACUUGA